CAGAUGAUCUGCGGAUAAUCCAAACCUUUAUCAUAAACAUCAUGACGCAAUUUUGUCGUUAGUCUAGAUUGAGUGAUACUUUUCUGUCUUUCACUUUUCUUUUUCUAAUAAGACGAGUGAGCAGUUGUAUGCGCAAACUCAUUGCAUCCAAUUACUUUAUGCGCGUUUAACAUGCGUUACGAGCUGAGAGGAAGGAUGGCGAUGACCCUGACCAGCACAUUUAAUCUCAUCACAGGACUAGUUAUUGUUUUCCAGUUACAAAUAAGCUUCAUGAAACUGAAAUCCGUUUAUGGAGUCUACCGGGCUGACACACCGGGACUGUCCUCUCCAGAGGGAGCGUCAUAUGUUGUCACAGAACACAACAAGCCCACAGAGAGGAGUACCCGGGCCCCUGGCUGGGUUGCAGAUAAGAGGGGCCACUACAGAGACAAGCAUCAACCAGAGGAGUCAGAUCCAGAUCUGCUGAUGGAGGAGGGACACGACAACUCCACACAGAUUGUGGACAUUGAUCAUGCCUACUACACAUCCAAAGUGUACGGCUCCGGAGACGCAGCCGGUAGAGACCUGUGGGUGAACGUGGAUGAGCUGGAAGAGGACGAGUGGAAGGUGUGCGGCCUCCUGUCCAGCACCCACAGACAGGCGGAGAGAGUGAAUCUCUCUUUCGACUUCCCUUUCUACGGACACGUACUAAAGGAAAUCACGGUGGCAACUGGAGGAUUCAUUUACACCGGAGAUAUAAUCCACCGAAUGCUCACAGCCACUCAGUACAUCGCCCCGCUGAUGGCCAAUUUCGACCCGAGUCUGUCCAAAAACUCUACUGUGGUUUACUUUGAUAACGGCACUGCGCUGGUGGUUCAGUGGAACCGGAUCCACCUCCAGGACGACAUCAGUCUGGGACCUUUCACCUUUCAGGCUGUUCUGCACAGCGACGGACGCAUCGUGUUUGCAUACAAAGAGAUUCCUUUAGACAUCAACGACAUCAGCUCUGAGAAUCAUCCGGUGAAGGUGGGCUUGUCGGACGCUUUUGUGGUGCUUCAUAAGAUAGAGCAGAUCCCCAAUGUUCGUCGGAGAACCAUUUAUGAGUAUCAUAAAGUCGACAUCCUCAAGUCCCACAUCUCCAAUUCUACAGCAGUGGAGAUGAUCGCUCUCCCUACGUGUCUCCAGUUCUCCAGCUGUGGUCCAUGUGUCACUUCUCAGAUCGGCUUUAACUGCAGCUGGUGCAGUCGGAUACAAAGAUGCUCCAGUGGCUUUGAUCGUAACCGGCAGGACUGGGUCGACCUCGGCUGCCCAGAAGAGGUUCGGAUUAUUCUAGCGUUUUAGUAAACUACAGAAAGUAUAUUUCAGUUUGUCGGCACAACAACUGUUUACAGACGUUUGACGUCCCCCGCCACCCGCCCGUCAACACGCAGCAGCAAGAGCAGAGGGAUAAUAUCCAGUGCACAGCCUCCAACCAGCAGACCUGCAGAAGAUGACACAAAGAUCUCACUGCACAUCAAGGCAGAACGUAAGUCAUUCCCCUGCUCUCCCACUGUAGAGAGCGACGAGCAGCUGCAGACUGGUCUGCUGGCGGGCAUCGUCAUGGUGGUAGUGAUUAUGGGAGCUGCCGUCUUCAUGUCUGUCUACAUGUACACCCACCCAACCUGCAGCGCCAGCCUCUUCUUCAUGGAGCGGCGACCGACCCGCUGGCCCAUCAUGAAGUUCAGGCGGGGGUCCGGUCGCCCCUCCUACGCUGAGGUGGAGGGUCCGGAAAAAGACAGCGCGGACGUCAUCGACCCCAAACAGUCGUUUGUGAUGUCUGACAGGAGAGAGAGCGAGCAGAAAGAAGGAUUCAUAGUUCCCGACCAGAGGGAGCGCUUCUUAGUGUCUGAGAGCUCCUGACCCAAAACUACGUAUCCCAGAAGGCUUUGGGACAGAGCUGGAUCACCAUGUGAGGGAGACCUAUUAUUUUCCACUCAGCUGUUGCUCAAGUUUAUUUUAAGGACACAUUUGAGUGUUAAAAGAGCAAAACACCGAACCUCUAUGAGGAAACAGUCACUACGGAGCAAUUUAUUCACAUUUAGCUUCACAUCUGAUAAAACAUGAGAGUAUUUCAAUUCAUAUAAACGUUAUUUACUUUUCUCAGGUCACUCGUUCGUGUUUACUGCGCCGCUGGAUGUUUGUUUUCAGACCAUUUUUUUCUGAAAGACGGCUGUUAUGUGUCCUUCCCACACCUUCUUCAUAAGCAGGAAUGUCAUGUUCGGGUGUCACAUCCUCAUCUCAAAAAUACAGGCUAAAUUCCUCACCGUUACACCCACCUUCACCUGACGCACAGUGUCUGCCUGCUGUUUACCUCGGAGAGAAACACUCAUACAGUAAGGCAACGUGUCUUUUUUAAUGUUUACUUUAUUAUAACAUAGACUGAUUGGUUUCCUGUACAUGUAUGUACAUACAACAUCACAAAUAGAUAUCUAUAUUUAUUUUAGACAUGAUACAGUCUAGCAGCAACACUCGUUUAAUCCCAUGUAUCUGUAUAUUUAUGAUAUAACGGUAAAAGUGGUGUAAAUGCAGGUUUUAGAUGAUCAUUUCAGUCAUUAUACAAUGUUUGUUUAGCUGUUCUCAUCAGCAGAUGGACUUCUACUGAUGUUAAAAUAAAUCAAAUCAAAUAUUUUCAUUAAAUCAUGAUUUCUUGUUCUCAUGCUGUAAUAAACUACUGUAAUCAUUUCAGCUUUAUCCCACUUUAUGGAAAUCUAAGAGUCAUAAAGUCAAAUGUUGGGGAAUUUCUACUGAGCUGAAGGGUCAACCCUCUUCUCAUCACCAGAUUAACUCCAACCGUUAUACAGUACUGUAUCUGCUGUACGUACGCCGUUUCAGUGACACAGUUUUAGUCUAAAUCAAGGCACGGCUGUCCUGCAGGCUGCAGGGGAAGGCACUGCUGAGGUCUCGCUCGUAGAGUUAGUUUUCCUCUUUUUCCUCUGACAGAGAGAUCGAACAAAAAGGCAGAAAAUCAACUUACACAUUCAUUUCAAUUUCAAAGAGAUCUA